AUGACUGCCCCCUCAAUACUCUCGAAUGGCUCUGAUAUGGUUGAGUCAUUCCGUCGAUAUGGUCUAGAUAUUUCUAUCGAUCUUGUCAAUUCAGCUCUGGACGGAGCCACAUAUCUAACAGAUGAUCGAAUUGAGGGCACCGUUACACUCACAGCCAAACGUGAGUGUCAAUUUGAUCAAAUUGGCAUUGCUUUCGAAGGCACAUCGAAAACAUCUAUCCCAAGGGCAACUGUUUUCACAGGUCAAACUGGCGCACGCCAUAAAUUCUUGAAGCUAAGGCAACCAAUCGAUGAAAAUGAGUACCCAGCGUCUCGAACUUUAAGUCCUGAUCAAAAAUACAAAUUCAAUUUUGUUUUCGUUGUACCAGGACGUCUUCUACCCCAAUCGUGCAGUCAUGAAACCGACCAUGUGCACAUGAAAGAGGCACACCUUCGAACCCCACCUACCCUUGGGGACCCUAUCACCGCGGAUGAUAGACAAAUCUUGGAUGACAUGGCACCGGAAACAUGCCAAAUUUCCUAUGGAAUUCGAGUGCUCAUUUUAAGGAAAUCGAGAGUGAAUGAUCAAAGAGUUCUGGGCGAAGCCACGAGGAAAGUCCGCAUCCUUCCAGCCUUGGAUUCAUUACAGCUACCAUUAAAUGAAUCGUCUGUCAUGAACGAGAAAUGCGCGACUCUCAAGACGAGAUUCACAGGACACAGGCUAGGAGACUUGGUACUGUCAACCGCUGAACCUCGUCCCAUUUUACUAUCACCGCCGCAAUAUAAUGCUUCGAACGCGGCUCCUACAGCUGUCGAGGUACAAGUUAGAUAUCGUCCAGAUUCCGAUGAACCACCUCCUAGGCUGGAUACGAUACGCAGUAAACUUGAAGCCUCUACCCUCUACACCGCGGAGCCAUGGAAAGACUAUCCACCUAAGCAUGGUGCCAUGACAUUCACUCAUACCAGACGAGCGACGGCUCUCAAAUCCAUACCACUUUCUUCGUUCUCUCUUAAAACUAUUAAAUGGGUGAAGAGCACUUCUCAUGACUGUUAUACCACAUCGCAAGCAACAGGGCCUAUUCCUAGGACAGAAUGUUUCUCCGAUUCCUCACUCCGUGAAGGUACAUACUACACUACAUCCAUCACGGUUCCUAUCACCCUACCGAGUAGCAAAGACUUCGUACCAACAUUUCAUUCUUGUUUAAUCUCACGGAUCUAUACCAUCGAUUUAUCGCUCUCCUUCAACAUGGCAUCGUCACACUUUAUCACUCGUUCAGUCUCACUCCAAGUUCCCACACAGAUUAUCUAUUCAAGGACGCAUGAAAUCACUGCCGUACACCCGAAGCACGCCAGCGGGAACAUUAUGGGCCACUCACCAACCUUAAUCACCACUAUUCCGUCAUCCCUGGGAUUUCGUCUCCCAGAGGACCACAUUUCGGAAUCUGGUGUUUUUUGUGGGGGGCAGAAAGACUAUCCGAUGCCACCAGCGUACCUAGACAUUAUGAGGGGGAUAUUACCCCCUUGA